GUUCAAAAAAAUCUUCGCAAGCGUUGAAAUUCUCGACAUCUGAAAAAUUACAGUCAAUUGAGUUACAUUUUUUAUUAAAAGAAAUUUUAUUAAAACGAUACAAAAUUUUUUAGUCAUUUUUACUACUUUGGUUCGAUAAAAUCCAGUUUUUAAUUUUUUUAACAAAUCAUGAGUCGUUGCAUGCGACCGGGCCCUAUCACUAGCAAUGGUUACUUAAAUUUUCUGCGCGAAUUCAGAAAGAAGUGCUGUGGUAUGUCAGCAGUGGAGACAGUGCGACAAGGUGCGAAGGCGUGGAAUCGACUCUCCUGUAAACAGAAAGCCAAGUAUCGGCAAAUGGCUUGCAAAAGACCUCGACGUAAGAAGCGUCGGAGCUGUCGUCCAAAGCGUAGGCGGCGCUCAUGCCGACCCAAACGCCGCAAGCGUCGUGGCUGUCGACCGAAGAGGCGUAGACGUUCCGGCUGCCGAAGAAAGCGCCGACCUAAGCGUCGUAGUUGUCGUCCGAAGAGGCGUAGACGUAGAUGUGGUAGUCGGCGCAAACGAUGCAUGAAACCCGGUCCAGUGACAGCGAAUGCUUAUUUGAAUUUCCUACGCGCCUACAGACGUAGACAUUGUGGUCUGAGUCCACAAGAGACGGUGAAGAAGGGUGCGCGUAGAUGGUGCUCGUUGGCGCCGGAGUGUAAACGACGCUACAUGCGACAGGCCUGUAAAAUGUCGAAGAGCAAGCGUAAGAAGAGGAGCGCCAUUUGCCGAUCGUUCCGAAAAAAGAGGCGAUGUUAAAAUCAAUAUGUGAAGUUAAUUAAUGUCUGUCUAACAAAUUGUUUAUGUGAAACUAUUCUAUUUUCUAAAUAAAAAUGUGCAAAAUGAUAGUGUGUAGAAAACAGAUAA